GGUCACAACAAUACGAUAUGUACAAUAGCCCUGGAGUGAUUAUUAUUGUCCCAUCCCAUCCAUUGAUUGUGGAAUUGCUUCUCUCCAACUGCUGCAGGUGGGUCAAGCAAGGGUCGAGGGAAAGUAUGGAGACACUGAAACCGAAGCCCGACCAAACACAUACACACACGUCCACGUCCACAUAACAACAUAUCCAUGGAUAUAUACAUACACACACCAAACCAACCCGAUCAGCAAAGUGUUAGUCAGCAGCACCAGCAAGUGUUAGUCAUCAGCAGCAAGUAUCAGCACCAGCAAGCAUUAUUAGCAUCAACAGCACCACCACAGCCACCGUACAUUAUUACUGCCUCCAUACAUUAUUACUGCCACCAUACAUUAUUACUGCCACCACCACACAUUAUUACUGCCACACAUUACUGCCACCACCACCACUCUCACAUCACACGCGAGCUGAUCCGAUUGAUUGUUGCUGUUGCUGUUGUUGUUGCUGUUAUCAUCGUUGUUGUGCUGUAGGGAAAUAUUGCAUUCCCUGUCAACACCACGGGGGCAAAAAAAAGAAGGGCCUCAGUUAAACCGCCACGACAACCACAAUUAACCACCACCACCACA